CUCUUUCUAUACCUUUGAAUUUUUACCUAUGUACCUAUUAAUUUUUACCUAUAACAAUUUUUUGUUAUAAAAGAAAACGUAAUUACGUUCGUUAAAGAUGCUAUAAACGAUGCAUUACGUAAGGUAACACUUGAAGAAUCGUUAUCGUCGAAUUAUAGCACCGUCUACAAUUCUAGUGGCGUCGCAAAGAAUUUCGAACCAUUACAUAAACCUUUGCGCCACUGUUAGUUUCGAAAAUUAUUUCAGAUUCCACUCGUGCGUAUUUCAAAACAUUUAUCAGAUAUUCGGUGAGAAAAUUGUUCGUAUAUUGGAAAAUUAUCGCAUGCACAGGAACAAGCUGUGUAACAGUAUUAAAACAAUAGACGCACGAGCGGUACCGUUGCAAAUUACAAUUUGCAAGCAAGAGUUACGAACCACCGUGAAUAAUCCAUAAAUUUUAAUACGGGAUUAUGGCGGAUCGAGAGAUUUCUUAUAGCCAUUACGAUGCUAAUGAGAUCCAACUCAACGAGAUGGAAAAGAAUAUUUGAGUCGAGGAAUUUCUAAAUUCUGCGUGCUUCGUAUAACGCGUAACGAUCUAAUACCUGGUCAUGUAACGAGUGGCAACCCGAGGCUACCUUCUCUCGAACAAAGAUCCUAGUUACGUCAAUGAUCGGUGGUAUCCGUUUAUGGUUAUUUUUAUCGCGAAGACGAUCGUCGAUCGGAAUGCGUUGAACAGUAAUUACACUUUGAUUAUAAAACUUUAUUGCUCGAAGAAAAACGCGUUUGAUUAUCCGCGCUAUCUUGCUACGGGAACACCAAAAUGCCAGUGCACUACAGUUAGAACGUAAAACGACAAAUUUACAGUUACACGCACACGCGCAUACAGAUGCACCCGUUUCGGAAUUAAGGUCAACGACAAUAUGGCCUCCGAUCAAGCGAAAUUUCAUACACAAUUAUCGGUCGAUAUUCAAUUUAUUGAAAUUUAUGUUCGCGAAACGGUACUCUAUAAUCGGUAACCUCGAUCUUAUCGCAGUUAAAAAGGGAAAAUCUUUGUCUUCUCGGUACCGCGAUCAAAAUCUCGUCUGCAGAAUUUCUGAACGAAAAUACCUACGGUUCGACGGAAAGAAUGGACGGUUUUCAAAACGGGUGACCCAGAAUCCAUUUAUAGUUCGUUCCACUUUUGUCCAGAGAAAAAAUAACUGGAGGACAAUUACGCAAAAAAGGAAGCGAACAAGCAGAAUUAACGAUCCUCGUGCUUGUCUCCGCGGAGAUUAACGAAGGUCUCGCGUGCUCUGGAAAAGAUAAUAGUAACAUUGAUUAUUUCGCUCGACAAUGUCUCACGAUCUUGGACGAACAUAAUUUCUCUCGUUAACGCAUUCCUGGUUGCGUAAACCUAGACUUUUGUCACAGAAGUUCAAUGUUACGACCAAAAAUCACGGUGCAAUAUUUGAAAAACAAACGGAAACGAAGGCUGUAAUUACUUAUUAUGUAAUGGUUGGGAAAAGUUUACGAGGGCGACAGCUGCGAAAGCGACUCGAUUAGAAGCUCGGGAACCGUGAUUACUUCCGGUUCGAAGACGUAUCCGCCAACUGUCGCUGUUGUAAUAUCGUCGGAGGUACUCUUUAAAGUAACUGGAAACGAUUGACAAAUCGCCCACGCGUUUCGAUCACGAUUGUUCGUACGAAAAUUUCUUCGCGAUUGCUAUACCGUGUAACAAAGGAAGACUUUAUAAGAAAUUAAGAAAUAUCGAGUGAACGAGCAAUGUCGAGUAACGGAUUAACAAAUAACGGAUGGACGGAGAACGAUCAACGAUCGAGGGAUCCCACGAGACGUUUGGUAGUCGUCUACGCUUAGAACUGCUCGGGCGGACAGCGGAAGGGGGAACAAGGAGAAGGACGAAGAAGAAUGGCGAAAGGAGAAAAGGAGUGGAACAGAGAGGACAGCUGCAUCGUUGGAAUAACAGUACUCUCACAUUGGUGAGCGCCGUCGAAGCAGGGUACCGUUAUCGGUUACAGCGUUACCACGCCGUCGAGGACCAACCAUGGAAACCAGAGAAUCCAGAAGAUUGUGCUCCACAGCAUCUCCACCGAUGCUUUCCUCCUCUUCCUCCCGUUCUCCUUGUUCCCUGAUUUCUUGCACGUACGUCCUUUCUCGAUCAACGACUAAAAAUGUUGGUCACCGAAUACGCUGACCUCCGAAUCACUCUAUAUACAGUCAUUUCAGUUGAUCUUGUUUUUUUUAGCUUUUACAUUUAUUCCGGUUGAGACAGGAUAUCCUUGAUUCGGGGCAUCCGCUAGGAUAACUGGGUUAAACAAAUCAACUUUUCAUUUAUUUUUAAUCCUUGAUCGAGUACCCGAGAAAUUUUUCGGCACUUUUGACUUAAGAGCUUCGAUUCAAAAGAAUUAGAAAACUAGAAUGAAAGAAGACAUAGAAGACGCGAAUAAAAAGUCUGAAAUUUUCAUGAUGAGAAAAUUCCUGAGCAAUUGUUGCUCGACGGAAAACAUUCUUGUAACGCAGGACAAUAGAGAGGAGUUUCUCCCGUAACUCUUUUUCGAUGCAAAUAUUUCGAGCACGUAUUAUAAUGAUAAUGAGAGGUCUUUCGUUCUCCGAUUCCCUGAUAAUUCCACCUUUUCAUACGGGAAAUGAUUGCACAUUAAAACGCGGUAAUUAGCGUAAUAUACGUAACUAGUUUUCGACCUACUUUCCUGCCACUAAACUUCUGUGGAUUACCAAAGUGCAGGACUUCGAAUGGACUGUUAUUAUUACGAAAGCAUUGUUCGCAAUCUCUUAAACAGUAACAUUAACGUGAUCACUGUAAAAUGCAUAAUCAAAGAGUGUGAUGCGCGGUGUAUUGCUAAAUAAUUAUGGCGCGGAUUUAGGUCAUGUUGCAUAUCCUCGCAUUUUCUUAGGUACUCUAUGUCCCAAGUUUCCAGGGACGUAAGGUGAACGCUAUAAAUAUCAAAGAUACUUACGUGUCACUCGGCUCGAAAUUUCCGCUCGACAGAAAAUCCGCGUCCAGACGUUCACCCUUCCUGAGAGUAACCAAAGAGAAGCGCCUCUCCGUCCAUCUUCAUCUUCCUCCCUCUCCUCUUCCUCCUCGUUCCAGCGUGGAGGAGCCGACUCACCGGCUAGAGAACUCGAGUCUCUCCUGCGGAACAUCCCCGGCAGUUUCACGUCGACGGUCAUCCGGAUCGACUCGCGGCCAAGGUCGGUUCUCCGACGUUUACCUUCGUACGCUGAUUUUCGAGCAGUUCGCAACGGUGAAAUCGCGACAAGGAUCGAAACGAGCGAUCUUUACGAUCAUUAGCGACAUCCAUGCUGGAUCGGGAGGGUUCAAGAGCCGAUGUGGUGCGAUUUGUACGAUGAAACGCAAGAUGGUGAUGUGCGAGUGUUUGUCAAGGUUGAAUCGAGGUGUUUCGCGAAAGUUCAAUCGGGGAAACUAAGAAUUUUCUGCGCUGGAAUCGACCAUGAGAAAGUAAGUGGUGUUAAAUGAGUCUCCGAAAAAUUACCAAAUACCAUUGGAUUACUGUUUUGAUCUUGGUGGAUAAUCGUGUUGAGUUUGUGCCGACGAAGAUCGAUAAUAGCGGUGUAUCUUUUUCGCGUAGGGUUAGCUUCGUCGAAUUCAUAUGUUAAGUAUUCAUCGUUCCGCAAUGUAGGUUUCUCGACCACAAAGAAACUCGAGAAAAGUGUUUCGCUCCGUAAUUCCAUCGAUCUUGAAUCUCUACCGACUUCAACCCGAAAGCAAACUUUUAAUUUAUGGACCAUGAUGCUCCUAAUGGUUUCAUGCGCUGUUUAUUAAUCACUACUCUUCAAGAUUUUCCUGUUCUUUCUCAAUUUAAUUUUAAUAUCACAUCGAGUAUGCAGGAAUGUUUCAUUUAUCUUCACCACGUCGGUUUAGUUUUGAGAGUCAAGGAGCGCCAAGAGAUUCGUGUUUAGUCACUUCCGUUUGUCUACUCGAUUUCCAUUAGGACGAACGCGAACAGUAAACGAACCGAGAACUUGGUAAUUGUAGGUUGAACGAUCUACGUUUAAAACAGACCACGUAUACAUGUGUGUACUGUUUCUCCACGCGAUUCGCCGACACGUGAUGCUGUAAUGUGUCGACCUCGAUAUCGUCACCUUCAAUCGUACAAACUUUCGUCUAAGACUUUAAUUAUUCGAUCGAUCGAAAACUGUACGUUGCAUAAACGGACACUUUACCGGACAAAAAUUGCACGAUCGAAUUGGAUUAAACUCGAUACGUUUUACUUGUCUUUCAAAAUCAAUUCCGUUAUAGUUAAUCGAAAAAGCAACCUCCUCGAUAAUCGACGAACGAACACGUGAGCGAGCGAUCCGCUUUAUAUGAAAGUAACACGCUCACAAUCUUAUGGACAGUUAUUCUUCGAGUAAUGGACGCGCAUCGAGCCAGAAGAUCGACGCUUUCAGAAAAAUCCGUACAGCAUCGAGGAGCAUGCGAGACCAUGUAACUGUAAAAACAUCUCCGCUCAUCUUGAAACGGAAUUUGAUCAGAAAUUAAACGGUCGGUCAACGAUGGCGCCAAUGAUCUUGCCGAUCCAAAGUUGCCAAUACCCGUGCACCAAAGGAAUUUUAAAAACAACUUUCAUCGACUCAACCACAUAAUCAAAACAUCUAAAUAAACAUUAUUUUUUAUAUAAAUCACUAAAAUGCAAGUCAAGAUCGCUAUCUCGUGAAAAAAAAAUAACUUUCCCUCUUCAAGUUCGAAUUACUUUUUCUCGGGUGCAUUAAACACCGCCAUAGUGGUUAAACGCGGUAAGUAUCCAGGGUGAAAACAUUUUCCAUCUUACCAGCAAUUUAAUGUUUUCCAUUUAAGAAACUCCGGCCAGGAGUCCGGUGAAAAUCGAGCAGCACGCGAUAAUUCAUCACGAGCGAGUAUCGAGUCUCGUGUAUCUGCGAUUUCUAUCUGAACUAAUGACGUUUAUCGAUAGCAGCGCAAAGGGAAAAGCUCCAGGAGCUUGCGAGAUCCGUGGAUCGUGUAAAUAAGACUGGUAUAAAAUGUCGUGUGUAGGGAUGUCCUGCUACGAGGAUGGCUUCCGAUUGGCUGGUCCUGCGUCGGAAUGCUCCCUCAGGAGCAAAGCUCGCAUCGAUGCACUGUUCGAGGAUUCCAGGUCGAUUUACGACUCCACCAUGGGAGGCUGGUACGGAGGAGUGUCGACCAUGAAUUCGAACCGACUCGAAGACACCAGCAUGGAGGAGCAGAAGAGGGUGAACAGUGCCGUGCAAGCUCGAAUCGAGGCGAUGUUCGCUUCCGUGGAAGCUGAAAGCGGAACACCCGGAGAAUGUGCCGCUGCCAUUUUACCGGUGAAGUACAUGGGUGCAGCUCCGGUGGGUGGUCGCGUGGCCAGCGUUCGAGGUCUCCAAGAGCCGCUUCGUCAACUGCUGGAGCGGAUCGAAUACUCUGUGAGAGCCGAGCUGGAAGUGUCCAGACGCGGACUAACUUUCCGUACGACAGACACCUGCGAGAAGAACAACCCCUUUCGUAGAAUCGCCGUGUGGAGUGCGUUGAAGCUUCGCGCUAAACGAACACCAUCGGGCGAUUUGCAUCACGCUUUCUUGCCGUUGGUCGGCGAUCACGAUCAGAUCCAAGCUGCCGAAGAGAGGCACGCGAAUCUGUACAGAACGAUGCGUGGUCUGAAGACCAGCGCCGAUCAUUAUCCGCCCAUAUUCGCGGUAGUGAUGCGCCGUCCAGGAGCGACCAGGCUACUAGAAUGUCACGCGUUCGCCUGCGAAACUGAAGAAGACGCUGUGGCGGCUGCUGCGACGCUCUACAGGGCUCUCCUCGCAGAUUUGGACGCCAAUCGACGUCGGCCAAGACACGCGAACGGCGUGGGCUGCGUUAGUUUGGCGUCAGUCGCGUCCAGCAUUCGCGAGCCUAGUCCUAGUAGCAGAAUCAGUGCCAGGAUAAUCGCCCUUCAGUCGGAAGCGGCUCGAUCUACGCCUUCUCAUCCGAUAAGACCUCCGAGGACCAAGAAGAGUUCGGUGUGUAGCUCCGUUACGGAGGAGGAGAGCGGGAAAUCGGCGGAGUUGCUGAAGGCUCCACGAAGGAAGAAGAAAAACUCUGACGUCAAGGCGGAAGAUAUUUUAGAAGCUAGAGAGAGAAGGCGAGAUCCUAAGGGCACAGUGAGCCCAGCGGUGCAGAACUUGAAUUGCGCUCAAAAGGGCUUGAAUUCGAAGGUGUCCAAGGAAGAAGAACGACAGAACUCGAAGAACAGGAUGUAUGGAAGCAUGAAGGAGUUAAGUAUUCCGGAAAAGGUUGAAGUGGAACGUUCCCAUAGCGAGGCGGACAAGCUUUAUGACCUGGACAUUAAUGCCCUUUACGAAAGAGUCUCGAACAGGUACGAGAAGCUUCCCGUUGCCAAGAGGAUAGAAAAGAACGACAACCCGAGGACACAGAGUCCUGCUAAGGAGGCGGAAAAAAUCAAAGAAAAGGUCUACGAGAAGCCACAGAACUCGUACGACACUAAUCCUUCCCGAAACGACAUGAAAAGGCAGGAAGCUACGAUCUACGAUAAAAUCGAGAAGCUAGGUUGCAAGAGCGAAGAAAACCCGUUGUACGAGCGCACUGAUAAACGCGGUAGCAAAGAGAAACUCUACGAGGACCACUUCAAAGAUGCCGACAAGAUUUACACUCUCUCCCAAGAAGAACUUUGCAGCGGCAACAAGUUCAAUCGGGCCAAGAUAAAAAACACCCAAGAGAACAUUUUCUUCGGUAGAUCUUCGAGAAACGACAGUUAUCCGGUUCAAGAGAAUUCGGUUCCUGUGGAUCGUAGGAAGUCGAGGGAUCAGGAGAAACCAACGUCCGGAAGACGACUGAGCAGAGUGGUCACGAUGGACAAACCCUUGAAGAAGCAGCUGAGCGAGUCCACGUCCAAUUUGAACCUUGUCGAAUACAAUCAGCCGAGAGUUAGGAAGAGGAGCAGAGCCGGUAGCGAACCACCGGUUAGUCGAUCCGAAGACGCGAUGAAAAUCCUCCAGGAGAGUAGAUUGAAAAGAUCUCAGAGCGACAUAGACGUGGAUCGAGGAGACUUGAUGACCAGGGUCGAAUUACCUCGAAGAGGAAGUUUCUUAAAUCCUGGGAGUGCCAGGAGACCCAAUAGCCUCAAGGGUGGCACUCCACUGGGAUUCACCGAGUUAUUCGACGAAUUUAGAAACCAGGAAGGCUUGACCAGCGUCGACGACAUUUUGGCAGCUAUUAUCGAUCCUGAAGGGAUGUCCUUCAACGACUUGAAGCCCUUGUACAAAGAGUUCUUAUUGAAGCUGGCGGCAACUCUGACGCAAGACGAGCUUUAUCAGAGAUCGGCCAGCAUAAUGAGAAGACGUCGAAGGCCGCAACGAAGACGAUCCAGCCGCCCAUCUUGUCUACUCGGCAGAGCCAUUAAGCGAUCGGUGUCGAGAUUAAAAGGCGGACCCACGGAGUUCACUUCCGUGAUCUUCCCCGCAAGAAGACUGAACGAUAGCUUCGGCAGCAGCUCUUCUUGCGACGCGAGAAACAAUCACAGAAAUCGAGUGCUGGCUAACAGAUUGGGAAAAAGGAGGUCCUCCUGGAGAAUGAGCAAGGGCAGAGGUUGCCACACCACUUCGGAGGAUAGCGAUACGUGCAGACGAUUGAGUCGAGGUGCAGGAGCAGCCGCGAACCGAAGCAGCAGCGGUUACGUGAGUUGCAGCGAGUGCAGUUACGAUUCCGAGUCCUGUACCUGUGUCUCGGCAGAUAAGUGUUAUUGCUCGCUAUCCAGGAGGAUCCCAGAGCAGCCACAGGUGUCCCCCAAUGCCGUGGUCUGCUCGUGCGACACGGACAGCUGCUCGGAGAGCAACAAAUGUUACUGUGCGCGGCAACCGAUUCGUCCGACGAUACUCGAACAGCUGAGGCAAAGGGGCAUCGUGCCCUCCGAAAGCACUCUCAGCAGAGGGGGAAGUCCGGAUAGAUUUCGAGCGACGAAAACGAAUAGAAGUCGAACACCUUCUCAAGGUUUGGAUGUACUCAAGUUUGCCACGUCCGUUUGCUUCCAGAAGCAGUCGUCGUCAAGCUACGGCAGUUCGAACAACCUCGCCCUGGAUUACGACCUCUUUAAUCCGGGAAGGAAGUCUCAGCAAUCGUCAGACAGUGAAAAGAUACUAGUCGUUAGCGCCAGAGACACCCAGGGACGUUUGGUAUACGUUGGUGGCGCAGAGAGGGACAAGAAAUGUCUGUCUCAUUGUUCCAGCAGAUCUGGGGCGCAUCACGAAGCACUCUCGAUUAAGAAGAGCGCGGAAAUAGCUGCUGUUUUUGGGGCUGAUUCGAGCAGGAUCAGCAGACGAGCCAGCAACGCAUCCAGUAUCAGGAGUUCCAUCAGCUUGGAAGCUGGUCUAGGAUAUUUACCCUAAUAAGAGAAUUCUCCCUCUUAAUACUUGUAGUAGAGCACUGACUAAUAUAGAGGUGUAAAUAUUGUAAGAUACAUUUAACUACGGAUAAACUUAGAAAUGAAUAAAUUAGACAUUGGGAUUUAUGCGCAAAGUAAAGUCGGAUAAAGAAUUUUAAUACUCGGUUAUGCAUCGAAGCUGACCUUGUUCAUACGAUCGAUAGAAGAUCGAGUAUAUUAUAUAUACUGUAUACGGGUAUUAAUUGAUAACGGUACUGUUAUCUACAUGCUUCGCGGAAAUAUGUCAGAAGUGUACCGGUCUUUCUUGUAACGGUACAAUAUUCUCGUUUCUGCGAGACUUGAUCUCAGCAAAAGUGGUUCUGAAUCAGCCACGAGUUAAAAUUUACUUAUUACACUUGAAACGUUAUGAAAAAGAACAGUAAAUAUCUAUCGCGUUAUUUUUGCAUUGUGCAUACGAAUAUCUUACAAGUACCUGUAUUACCACUUGUAGGCUUCAGAUAUCUUUAUUAGAAUUAAUUUAUAUGCAACGAUUAAAGGCUAAUGUGAUCAAUUUUUUUAUGUAUUUUUAUACGUAUAU